ACACACUUGUUUACAGUAGUGAACAGCCGGGCCAUAGCACCGUAUUGGUCGACUCCGUAGCCGGAAGAGGCGUGAGCAUUCCCGCCUCAAAUGACAAUAGCUCCGGCCAAUCUUGACACGAGUGUCACAAGUAAAGACCGCCCACCGACUGUUCUGUCCUGCCGAAUCUCACCCGAGGGCGGGACUUCCGUUGUUAGGGUGAUGGCGACUCUGUCGCUGCAGUGUGUCGGGGAGAGGCCCGGCAUGUUCGGACAGAGAUUGUAGUGAGAGUGAAGCGGGGAUGAACGGCUUCAGUACGGAGGAGGACAGCAGGGAUGGGCCGCCGGCCCCUGCCGCUCCUUUCUUCGGUCAGACAUGUUGUUUGAUAGACGGGGGAGAGCGCUGCGCCCGGCCGGCUGGGAACGCUUCUUUCAGCAAGAGAGUGCAGAAGAGUAUCAGUCAGAAGAGACUCAAACUGGACAUCGAUAAGAGCGUUCGACAUCUUUACAUCUGUGACUUCCACAAGAAUUUCAUUCAAAGUGUUCGGAAUAAGAGGAAGAGGAAAACCAGUGAUGACGGAGGAGACUCUCCGGAACAUGAAACAGAUGUGCCAGAGGUUGAUCUUUUUCAGCUACAAGUCAACACCCUGCGCAGAUACAAGAGGCAUUACAAGCUACAAACUCGUCCUGGGCUCAACAAGGCACAACUGGCAGAGACUGUGAGCCGGCAUUUCCGUAACAUUCCUGUGAAUGAGAAGGAAACACUGGCCUAUUUUAUCUACAUGGUAAAGAACAAUCGAAGCCGUCUGGACCAGAAGUCUGAAAGCAGCAAACAGCUGGAUGCAUAGCCAGAGACUACAGGACUUUGACCAGCUUUUACUGAAAAGCAAUGAACUUGUAAAUAGAAAUCAUGUGUGGUCAUGGCCACAACCUGUGCCAUAUCAUCUUCUCAACAGCAGACGGGCUGAUGGUCUUUUACGUACGGACAGUGCGCUUGCAGCACUGCGCUCUGCAUGGGAAAAACUUUUUUUUUUUUUUUUUUACUUAUUGCAGAAAUGCGCCAUUCAUGUAUACUGCCUUGGACUUGCCAUAUGCAAACAGAUGAUUAACCUUCCCAAUAUGAUAUCAUCAGAAAUAUCGCAGCACAAACCAGUUCCUUCCUUUUUAAAAUGGCUUGUCAUCAGUUAUUAUUGCAGAAAAUCUACAUUUCACCUUUUCCAAAAAAUAUCCUAUACAGUCAGGGGGCCCUAGGGGGGUAGAAAAAACUGUGCAGCUGUAAAAAAAAAGUCUAAUAUUUUAUUGUCAUACCUGUAGGCCAUUUGGCCCCCACCAGGACAUCGGCUGGAAAAACUCCCUGUUGGCAAUCCCUGUGUCAUGCCUUGUUGCUAGAACGUGCAAACCAUUGGUUUUCAUUCCUGAAAAGCUGGUAGUGGGGGUCCCAAUGGUUUGACUUCUGGUGCCCCUUGACUGCAUUUUGGGAAUGCAAGUGUACAAAAGCCUACAAGCGGCUUCUUUAAAUUGAGUCGGCACUCCAUGCAACAUCUGUAUAGACACUGCAGAUGAAGGGAACUAAAGAGGCUUGAUCAAAGCCACUGGAAGCUUGCAUUUAGCUUUGGUAAAUCUUUCUGUAUACAUUGCUCUUAUAUAGAUGCACCCUCCCCCCCCCCCCCCCCCAGAGCAGAUUCAAAUGUUAACUAACUAUGCUAACGGCUUGCUAAGGUGGAUAAAAAAGCUAACAUGCUCUUCCUGGAUAAUGCUGCUCCAGUGCCAACCAAAUAACCAAACUCCUUUGGCAUUUGAUGAUCUCUAAAUAAGGCUAGAUAGACACAGUCUGUGCGAGCGCCGAUCUGUCCUUUUCUCUGGAGAUCACAAGGCCUUCUACGUAGACAUUUGUGAGCCCUAUCGGAGGAAACUAGAGCAGCAUUUUCUCCAGGAAAGGGGGGAUCUUUUUAGGUUUUUUUAUUUAUCUUGCCCUUUCACAGAAACUUUCACAGCGUGGUGCAAGGAAUCGUAGUACCCCAUCACUCAUAACCAAUCUCUGAUCACUUUUUAUUGGACUAGAUUUUAUAAACUGAUCUGUGUUGGUUGUUUCCUGUUGCAGUUUACUAUACCUUCUAUAUGUGGCUAGGUCACGACAUACUGCCACCAGUGUAAUUCUCCCUGAUCAAGAUCUCAAAUUCCUAGCAAUAAGUGACAGUCUCUCUAGACCUUGUAUUUGUUUUUUUGUAUUUCUCUCUCUCUUCCCCGAGAUAUUUUCACAGAUACAUUGUAAAUACUGUUAUAUGGUCAUAUUACAUAGGUGUUUUUUUUUUUCUGUA